CUCUAUUGGCCAUUUUAGUCCAAAUUUCCUUCUAUAAAAGCCCGAAAGUCUCACUAGAUUUUUCACCCACACUGAAGCAAAUACAUUAGUAAUACAUCAUCAUACAACUUCCUUCCCUACUCUCUUGUAUUUUAUCUUUCUCACUUUUUUACAACAAUGGAGAUGGUUAGCAAGAUUGCAUGCUUGGUAGUUUUGUGCAUGGUGGUGGCUGCACCCCAUGCAGAGGCACUGACAUGCGGUCAGGUUGCAGGUGACUUGGCUGCUUGCCUCCCUUAUCUACAGGGUAGUGGCCCUUUAGGAAGCUGCUGCGGUGGUGUUAGGGCUCUCCUGGGUGCAGCUAAGACCCCAGCGGACCGAAAGACAGCAUGCACUUGCUUGAAAUCCGCCGCUAAUGCUAUCAAGGGCAUUAAUCUGAGCAAAGCUGCUGGUCUCCCUACUGCUUGUGGCGUUAACAUUCCUUACAAGAUCAGCCCCUCCACUGACUGCUCCACGGUCCAGUAAGGCUGAUCAACAUUAUUUGGUACCGUGAGAAGAAUUAAUUAAGAAUAAGAUGGAUGGAGUCGUGAUCCUGCAUAUGGAUCCCUUAUUUCUAUGUUGUAUCGGUUGUCUCUUUCUCUUUUAUUUGUCUUUUGGGGUCAUAGUCAAUCGAGUCUUGUAUUGAAACUCCAUGAUUGGUUGCAUUACUUCAAUCCAAUCUUGAUAAUACAUCUAUCUUAUUUAGUA